UUUAGAUGACAAGUUUUUAAAUAAAAAUGGUUCGAUUGUUUAACAGCAUUAUCUGUCUUAUAUCAUUGAACUACGUACAAUCAAAAUGGCUGCCAUCAACACGACGUACGACGCAGAAGCCUGCCGAAAUACUUUACUUCCCAAACAGCAUGGAAAAAAAUGCGUUGAAACACUUUAAAAUACCAAAUCCGGCUUAUUGCGCGGAUAUGUUUAAGCAGGCGUUCGACCAGCAACUUAUUAUGCCCUGGUGGUUCUAUUACUGUGAGGACUUGAGAGCGAAGACAGAAAAGAAUCAGAACAUUAUCUACAACAGAUAUAAAUCUUAUCUGAGACAAUUACAAAACUUGAGAAGGAGCGGUUACAAUUUACCACUAGUUAGGACAACAAAGUUAUUAACGAGAACUAAAAGGGUUUGAAUUAAAUACAU